CUGCUUUCAAAAUGAACUGGUCCGAUCUGACUUUCCGUUCAAAACUCAAAGAACCAUUCCAACUGUUCACACAAAUUUCUCUCGAAAUGCUUCUCCCUUGAUCGACAUCAACUCCACUUCAAAUCAUAUUGGUGUUAAUAAUCUCUCUAAAAACUGUCUCGAUGUAAAUCUCCCUGAAAGUCCUCCCGAUUCAGGCUCUGAACCUCCGCCUUCACCUCUGCAUGCAGAUAACUCUUUGAAUGGAAAAGAAGACAUUUCACCCACAAUGAUGCAAACAACAGGUGAUCUGAAACAGUACAUGGGGUACAACAGCAACAGUACUCUAAAGCACCUCUCGGAAACCUCUCUCACGCUCACACCUACAAUGCAAAUACCUAAUCAGCAACAGGGUGUACAGGCUUCUCUACCUCCUCAUUCCACUGUAUCUCAAACACUGUCCGCAGUACCCAGCCAAAGUGCUUCCGUGGGAUCCAUGCUCAGUCACCUACAGCAUCCCAUCACGACCGGACUGGCCUUGCAACAACAGACGCUGGGUCCCACAACCCCUCAUUUGGCUUCUCUCUAUGAUGGGUAAAAAUUCAUUCUGUCUAACAGUUUUCAAUUUGACAUAAUAUUUGAUGAAAGAGUCUGAAGAAU